GUUUUAAGUAAAAAUAUGGGUCGAAUAAAAGGUAAUGGUCUAGUAAAGUUGCGAUACCUGUGUGCGAUGAAUACCAGUCGUGCGUAGGAUUUUGUGCAUACCACUAGAGAGGCUGUUUAUACAAAAUAGUAAUAGUACAAUUACUACGUUGAGGUUUGAACAUAUCUAGUGAAAUACAAAUAGUCACACCCUGCCGAGCGAUACAAGGAUGCUUUUAGUCGAAUUUCCGCUCGGAUGCGGCAUCGGUUUGAGGCAGUAAUUUUAUCUCUUUAAUGAAAUAGACUAUAUACAGAGAUGUUUUAUACCACAGGCAUUCACUAUGUCAUAUGGUUUCGAUAACUGUAUUUUACUUGACGGCAGUGAUAUAGAAACUAUUAUGGGAACCGCUAUCGAUCAAGCUCUAAGAGAUAAAGCGACCACGACUUGUGUGUUCAAGUUAGCUUAAAUGAUUCGUGUGUAUUGGAUUUAUGUUUUUGAAUUGUUGAAAACAAUAUGUCAUCGUUAGUUGAUGUUGUGUCAAAUAUUAUUAAAUUACACGUCAAUGGAUAUUUAAUAAAACGGCGUAUUACAUGUGCAUGUUUUAACUGAACUAGCGUGUUCACAUACUCAAAUGGGAGAAUUGGGAAAACAGUGUAGGAACCAGUUUCGUUUGGAAUGUUUCCUACUGUCUCACAGAAAUCCACGGAGAUUUGUCCAAUAUCAGUGCGGUAACCAGCCCCUGUACCUGGUAUGGCGGGUAUUCUGGGCCCUCUACCACACCGCCUGGAUCAUCGUGACCGGGGUGCGGGCCGACCAGUGGGCGGGACCGGACCGCAGUCAGUACACCAAGUGGUUCAUCUUCCUCACAGACUGGGCGUACCUCUGUCUCACCAUCGCAACUAUCGCGGACGCCAUGGUAACAACGUACAUACAUUUCAAGCGGAUGGACAUCAGAAAAGGCGCGGCGGCCUCGUUGCCAUGGUACCUGCGGGCAGACUGGUGCCUCACCACCACCGCCCAUGUGGUCAGUGUUGUCACUUCCGCUGCAUACUGGGGCCUCGUGUACAGCGGUGAUGAAGUGACAGCCGUGGACAUAGAGACGCACGUAAUAAACAGCGUGUACGUAAUACUAAAUGUAUGUGUCACCGGCAUGCCAAUUAGGAUUCUUCACUUCUGGUUCCCGACCUUAUUCGGAUUAACCUAUUCAUUAUUUUCAUUGUUUUACCACCUCGCCGGGGGAACAAAUCACAACGAGAACCCGUAUAUUUAUCCUGCACUUGAUUGGCGGAAACCGGGGACGGCCAUUUUGUACUGUGCAAUCGUUACGUUUGUUGUCACUCCGAUUUUACAUGGUAUAUUAUUUGGAAUCCAUUGUUUGAAAGUGUUAAUAUCUAGACAGUUCAUAUGCUGCAUUGCCGGACCUGAAUUGGAAGAUAUAAAGAUGGACCAGAUCUCUUAACGUACUGAACUUAGCAUUUUCAUUGAUGUAAGCUCGUUAUGGACUUGUUUCUUUACAUGGAUUUCUACAACAUUAGAUGGUUUGUCUAUUUCAUGAUAUAAUUUAGUCUUUCGUGUAAAAUACAUCUUUGUCUGUAAGCUGUGCCACUAACACCGGAGCAAUGAAGCAUUUUAAAACAAGUUCACGAAUCUAUGCUGGUGUGUUUGAUCAAAUGCAUUAUUGCUGUGUUGUUGUAAUUGAUAUAAUUACCAUAAUCAACAGAUAUCAAACAAAUAAAGUAAACACUAUUCA